AUGGUCAUCGGCCUGCUGGCAAUCGCCGCCAUCCCUACAGUCAUUGGCACGGGACAGGCCGUAAGCGCGCAGAAGAAACAGAACGCCGCAGCAAAGGAGCAGGCCAAGUUCAGCCUCACGACUGUGCUGGACAUUGACGGGAAAGAGGAGGAGUGCCCCAUCGUCCUCGUCGACAACAAGCUCUGGAUAAAUCACAGCUUAGCACCAGUCCCGGCGCACAAGUUCUCGGGGUACUAUUUUAACUAUCCUUCUGAGGAGCAGUACCGCGGCCUGGUAUCGACGAUAUCAGAGGACCCACCAAUGCUCAACUGGAUCUACGUCGAUGCCGACACCAGGGCGAUGCGCCACGGGGGCCGCAAGGACACCGUCGGCCACGUCAUAGGGCCGUGGGGCUGGACGGAGGACGAGAAGUAUCUCUCGUUACGAGGCAGCGGCGUUGGCUUCGUGGCCGUGCUAGAGGAAGACGGCAGGUGGGCCGUAUACUGGGAUCCGGACGGCAGGCUGCGGGAAGGCUACGACGAGGACGAUUGUGUAGAGAUAUCCCUCAAGAGACAGAUGGCGCUAGGUAUCGAGAGCGGCUAUGUUAGAGGUUAG